CUCGGGGGAGAGUGGAAGGGACCGUUUCUUUUUUUUUUCAUCUUCUCGUCCACAUGACUUCGUCAACGUUUUGGAAUUUGGUUCCCAAAACCUUCUCGUAACAUCAUCUCCGCCGUGAGUCCAGGAUGUCUGCGUGCUUGAGAGCCAAUUCAGCCCCAAAUUCAUCGGGGCCGGAGCGGGCACGGGACACCAGAGUUGUGGAACUGAAUUGCCAAGUCCCAGCAGAGAGCAGAAUGACACAACCUCCUCCUGUCAACAACCACAUCCUCCCAGAUGAACUGCUGGUCAGCCUUACCUCCACUCUCAGCAGCAGGAGCACGCUGGGGCACACUGCACACCAUCAGCACUGCAAGGGCAGUGAAAUCAGGCGGCCGGAUCCAGUCUGGCAUCACCGGCUCGGACGCAAUAAAUACAAAUUCCUUCUGGAGCAGCCGACGUCCCUGACUGGAGCAGGCAGGGAUAUUUCGUUCCUGCGUGAUGCUAUGGCAACCCAGAGGAAGAUGACCCCCCUCCCACCACUGACCGACAGAAGUUGCAUUGGAGACACAAAGAACCUGAAUGUCUCGGAAAGUCUGAUCCCGGAAGAAUAUCACAUUGUGAAAAACAAAGGGCUGCGGAGCCUUGAGUUCUUCGAGGAUGCGUUCACAGUGCAGCUGAAGGAUGAUGAGCAGAAGCUGCGGGUCUUCCCUUCAUUGAGGCCCAGUGGUAGACUGGAAGUGAUCCAGCUGAUGAGGAUGAUAGAUGACAUGCUGGAGAAGGCCGGAGUGGAUCAGCAGAUUGAGGAGCUGACAGAGCUCUCCCAGAUGGAGGGUCUGCUGGAGCUGGUGCAGGUUGAGCAGAACAUCUACAACAUUGUUUUCCAUGAACUGAUUCGGCAGGUCAGCGUGGGCUGUGCUGAGAGAGGACAGCUGCUUGCCAAACUCAGACAGCGCUACCAGACCAUGCUUAAGCGAAUCCCCCACCGACUGAAGGCUCUGCACACUGAGGCAGUGGCACAGCGAGCUCUGGACCGCCGGCUCACUGAGGAGAUCCACCGCAUCAAGACCUUCAUCCAGGAGCUCAACACGGAGCUGUCCAGAAUGAGAGCCCAUGAUGCUUCCGUUUCCCAGCAGGUGGAGCGCGCUCACCGGCAGCUGGCCGGGGAACUCAAGCAGCCUCACACCAACUCAGAUGUGGUGCAGGGUUACCACCAACUGUAUGAGCUGCAGAGGGGUCGCCUUGAGGCUCAGCUGCUCCAGAUGACCGAGGAGAGAGACUGCUGGAGCCAGUUCACCUUGAGCCUCGCCCUCAAGGUGAUCAGUGUAAAGAAGCUGCAGCUGAUCAGUCGGCUCCAUAUCAUUGCGCAGAGCUGGUUCAAGACAGCUGAGCAAUGCUGCCUUUACCUCACUUCGACGGACACAGAUGACCUGACUAUCCUCAUGGAGCUUACUGACUACUGGAAAAAGCAUCUGAUUGCUUUCAUGUCCCAGCUGAAGAAGACUGAGCAUGCUCAGUAUGAACAGAUCAGUGCAAUCCAGCAAGGCAUCGCUAAGUGGCUGGUUUUCUGCACCAUGCAGAACAACUGUCCUCAACCAAACUAUGAGGAAGCUUCUUUGGAAAAGUUUCAUGCUGAUUUGAAGGACUGGUCAAAUACAUUGGCCCUCCAGUGUGACAGCUAUCAAGGUGAGAAGUUGCUUUGCAGCCAGCAGACACUCGUCGAGCUCGGCCGUGUCCAGGAAAGAAGGCGGUAUAUGAGCCUUGAGCUGUUCAGAAGACACGCUUGUCCCGAUGGUGAACCCCGUGAAGGCCAACGGGCCCUAAGUGAGCUGGACAAGGUCCUAUCUGAGCUCCUGAAACGGCUGGACACCCAAGUCAGUGGAGACAGUGGGAUCCACGGACAGAUCAUGUCACUGCUCAGGUUGAUGGAGUCCCAGGCUUCCAAGCUUGGUGCAGUGAUUGGUCGACCAGACAUGAUCUGGUCUGUUUCUGACUGGCUGAAUCUGGAGAAGGCGCUGCAAAAUUGGAAGAGUUUGGCUGAAGAAGCCUUUAAUAACAUCUCCAGCAAUCAGACAGAGAACGAAGAGGACAAAAAUAAGCCUGACAUAUUUACAGAGACAGAAGAGUUGUUAGACAAAGUGCAGGAGUUCAUAACCAGCCUGUCCAACUUCACUGAUGGUGAGAACAAGAGACUCAGUGAGGAGGUCAGUUCUCUUCACAUGGGACAGAUCCGUUGGAUGUUGGACCUGUUGCUCCUCAUGGUACCUGAGUAUAGUGAAGACCACUGUCAAGAACAGGAACACCACUACAUUACAAACAUCUCACCACAGACACUGGAUAAGGAUGCCAAGAUGCUGACUGAGAAACUGAACUUUAUUUCCCUAUACAUCAGCAGCUCUUGCCAACUGAUUCUGCAGGAGCAACAUGAAGUCGAGAUUGAAGAUAAGAUGAAUGAGUGCAGAAAGCUGCAGAAGGAGUGCACUGAUUGGGUGGAGAGCAGUAUAAUCCUGCUCUCAGGAGUGACAGGUGGUCCUGUAGAGCUGUCUGUCCGACAGGCUGACCCCGCCUCCAGCGUCGACGUCCCGGUCUCUCCAGCAGACAGCAUGGAGACUCUGGUGAACGAAGAGGUUUCAGCAGAGCCUAAAGCAGACAGUGAGGUCACAGAUGAGACUGAGGCAGAACCGAGAGAGGGCACUGCUGAGGGACAUGAUACACAACAAGAGGUUUAUCAGGGGGAGCUAGCGGUUUUUGAGACCCCAGUGGUGAAGCUGAUAAGCUAUUAUGGAAACAUUACACAAAGAAAGCUGGAAGAGAGCAGUGUCCACCUAAACGGGGUCAGAAAAUUAAAUCACAUACUUUUUCCAGUGUUAGUGUCAUGCCUUUCACCGUCUAUAGAGCUGAACAAACUGUCCGCCUCUCUGACCAUCUGUCUGUCUGUCUCUGUCUGUCAGACUGAGGAGCUGGUUGUAUCUCCAGCAACAGAUGAAGCCCAGAAAGCUUUUAGUGAUCUGACCACAGUAGGUUUACUGCAGCAGGAACUGUAUGAUUCAGAGCUGCGUGUCCAGGGUGCCGAGCGGCGAGCCUUCAAGGCCGAGGAAGCCCUGCAAGCAGCGUUGGAGAAGAUUCAGGACCUGGAGAGACAACUGCAGGGUCGGCCCAGUCUGGAGCCCAAAAGUAAUGAAGUUGCAGAGAGAAAGAAAACACCAAUACCCUCCCCACUACCAGUAACAACUCCAGCUCCUCCAAAGAAAACCACAGCUGAAGCCAAACCAACAAGCAGCACCAAAAAGACCAAGAAACGGUGAUGUGACGUGAUCAGGAGCUGUCACAGCUUUAUAUCUAUGUGUGGAGCUCUCCAUUAAAUGUUGGGUGAAGUAGUUUUGAAAUCAAUUUUAGUGUUAAUGCAUUUUCUGGGUUGUAACAAGGCUCAUCACCUGCAGUCCAUCGCAGUCACAUUCAUAAAACCAGUAAAGGAAAACUAUCUAAGGUAUUAUCACUUCUGCUGCAUAUUACCAACAACGGUACUGUUUCAGAAGUUUACAAAUAAGUAUAACACAUAGGAAGUAAAAGACAAUACAGAAAGAUAUUGCUACUAUCAUC